GACUUCACAGGUCCAAGGUGCAUGCGCUCUGUCAACUUAGGGCUGUCUGUAUGUUUGGAACAUGCAGUUAUUAGUGCAGCAUAUGUAGUGGUUGUAAGCUCAUGGACUGAACAGAUUGGCCCAGACAAAGGAACCGAACAGUUUGCUCCAGACUUUCUACAUAUAGGCUGCAGAACAACUUGGUUGUCUAUAAUUACUGGAAUAUUAUGUUAACCAUGGAAGGAACAUUCAAUGUCACACAGAUUGAAACUCUGUCAGCCAUAUAUAUAGUGUCGCUAUCUUUCAGUUUAAUUGGAAGCUUUUCUGUCCUUGUGGUUUCCAUUGUCAAGUGGCAGCAUCUGCAACGACAGGUUAAGCCACUGGUACAGUUGGCACUGGCUGAUCUUCUGGCUGCCUCCAUCCUCAUGUUCACCAGCUGCAUGAACUUCUUCCAGCCUGGAACUUUCUACUUUGUCCAGAGUGUAACUGUCUGUAUGCGUGCUUUGCCUCUGUCUCUGAUGUUUUACUGCGUAUCAUUUCUGUUUGUGAUGGUUUAUGCCUGGGAGUCCAAGCAUGCAAUCGAAGGAUGGAGGGAGAGACCAGCAAACAAUGAGGAGCCCUUCUGCAGAAGAAGAGUUGGAGCUGUUCAUGUACUAUAUGCUGUUGUGUGGUUGUUGCCAGUUGUGUUUUACCUGCUGUACACAUUCACAGAUGCUUUGACCCUUGCCCCCAUCCAUCCACCAAAAUCAGACAACCUCAUGAAAGACAGAUACUGCACCAGUUGUAUCCCGCUUCUACAUAUUUGGACGGACACCUGUUCAAAUAACGAAAAGAUCCACGACUUGCUUAUUCGAAUAAUUAUUUUCAUCUUCGUCAUACCAGUUAUUGUCUGUUGCACAGUUUUGUACUAUAAGAUCGGCCGUUGGCAGCUCAGGUAUGCGGAGGACGGACUAUUUCCUGUGGAAGGAGACGGACACUCCAGGAGGAGACUGAGAGGAGCGUUCUCCUUAGCUCGUAACAUGGUGCUCGUAACCAUCUUCUGCUGGACACCAGUCCUGCUUCUCAUAGUACUGUCAGUGACAAAUAUACCCCAACAGCAACUAUUCCUUCUCUAUGUCAUACAGGCCGGGACAAUGUCUCUGCAGGGCUUUUUGAACAGUGUAUUCUACGCCUGGUGGCGCCCCAACUUCAGAGAUGCUGUUCUAGGAGAGAGGACGCCCCUGAUACAUACGCCUUUGGCCUUCUUUGAUGAAUCACUGAGGCCGGAGCCUCGACACCUUUAAAGACUUGUGGGUAGAACAACUCAUUGAUCUACGAUAAGCCCACUCUUGGCAAACACGGACCUUGACUGUGAAAAGGAAGGAUAAUAACCUGAGAUCAAAGAGAAACAGGAGUGUCAUCUAUUUUACCCCAAACUGGAUGGAUGGGAGGCUGGAGAGUACAUGUACUGUAUGUUGUGCAUCGCAAGGUUAUAUGGAGGACUCCGGCCCACUGUUCCCAAACAAGAUGAAACAAUGUGUACUGUCUGUUUGUGGAUCACAAUUGAAAAUCCAUCUCUUAAUUCUUUGCCCCACAUGGAUUGGUCUGGUGUACAGCAGAUGUGUGAAGGUAAAGGGAUUUUGGUAGCACUUUAUUUAUGGAAUAUCAACUGGUUAAUAAAAUGUUUUUUGGUUUUCCCCCCUUGUGAUAGUAAAAUGUACGUUAUUUGUUGUGAAUGAGACGUUGAUUAUUAGAAACAGACUCUAUUGAAUUUUAUUGAAUUAGUUGUAUUCAAAAGGUUUACAAAGCACUUCCUCAAUGUCAGUUUUUUUUAGGUUAUUCAGGAUGUUUGUGUAUAGAAUGCUAUUGGACUGCUGUUUUAUCCCAUGAACAAAGGUUUGUAGAUGUAAAACUUACUGUAUAGAGUGAUAAAAAAUAGUUGUUACCUGCCAUUUGGAUGUUAUAUUUAUUUGUUGGCCAGUACUGUAGCAAAAUCGGACAAAGGGAUCUCCCUAUACGCUGUAUACUGAUUUUCAACUCCGUUUUACUUCAUUUAUACAAUAAAAGCAAGUGGCCUGAG